CAAUAAUCUCAGCCCAAAAGCUCUAGAUACAAAAGCAAAACCCAAUUCACCCAAAACUACGUCGUUUCACGAGGACUAGAUAUAAAUUAUAAAUCGAGAAAGGGUUUUAGGUCAUCGUCAUCGCCGCACGAAUCUCUCUCCGGUGACUAUUCUCUCUCUCCUCCUUUCCACCGUCGACAGAGAGAAACCUUCGUGUCUGAGAGAGAUGGCAUUGGAUUACAAACCUUCAGAAGAUUUCGAAGUCAACAACUUGCAGCCUCUCGUUGACUUCGAUGUUACUGGAUCCAAGGAGCUUUGGCUCAUACAGUGCCCUAUGAGCCAUUUUCCGGAGAUUGAAGGGAAGGAGCUUAAGGUUAAUCUUGAUAAAGAUGGAGUCUUGGCACGUUUCGAGGAUUCUUCUGGUAAAGAGGUUGAACUUGUUAGCUUUGCUUCUCAAGAAGCUGAUGCUACUGUGAUUAUACCUUCUGAAAACGAAUCCAAGAUUGUUGGGAAGAUUUCUAGGCGAGUUUCUAUGGUUCGGUUCCCUGAACCAGAAGAGCUGCUUAAUACAUUGACAAUUCAGAAUAAGCAGAAGGCUUUAGGAGCAGUUAGUUCCUCUCUUAAAAACUCUAACCCUGCUUUAAGUAGUAGGCGUAAAAGUGGACAGUCUUCUCUGAGACAUCCAGGUUCGACUCGUAGUGGUAGAGAGAAGAGUUUGUUCUCUGGUUUUACUGAGACUCCUAAGUCUUCUAAAAGGAAGCAUUCAGAGCCUUCUGCGAGUAAACAUGGUUCAGGUUCUUCGGAUCGGUCGGGUAAGUCUAAGAAGAAAGUGAAGACUGAGAAGUAGAGAUGUUUGUUUUUUGUGAGGGUUUUUUUAUAUGUUGAAUUUAGAUUGUGUGAGACUAUAAGGAAGACCAGUAUUGUAUCUGGAAUUUAUUAACUUAUUUUGCCAUAUAUUGUUAUGAAGUUCAAGCUUUUUAAAAGUUUAGCAAGAUGCAGAAGGAUUCAGACAAAAGCUAUAUGGUUGGAGUUAUUGUUUCAGAGUCUUAGCUUUCUUUCUUUAAUGAUAUUUGAA